CCUACACAAAUGACUCAAAAAGAAGUAUGCCCUUAUCUCUAUAAACUCCCAUCGACAACCAAAACAACUAUGCUCUUUGGAUUCUUGUCUUUCACUGCUUUUAUGGCCAUCAUACUUACCCUAUUUCUCUUUUUCUUAUUUCUAUUUUGGAUAUGGAGGAGAACCCAAAACGCUGUCCCCCAAAAGAUACUCCCACCAAAAGCAGGUGGUGCAUGGCCUAUAAUUGGCCACCUCCACCUAUUAGGAGGGACGCAACCAGCUCAUAUAACCCUAAAUGACAUGGCUGACAAGAACGGACCAAUCUUCAGUAUCAACUUGGGCAUGCAUAGAGCUAUAGUAGUAAGCAGUUCAAAGAUAGCUAAAGAGUGUUUCACUACCAACGAUAAAGUCUUUGCCAACCGUCCAAAAGCUUUGGCGACUGAACUCAUGGGUUACAACUAUGCCAUGUUCGGUUUCAGCCCAUAUGGUUCCUAUUGGCGUUAUGUUCGAAGAAUAGUCACUCUUGGGGUCCUCUCAAAUCACCGUAUCGAGAUGUUCAAAUACAUCCGAGAGUCAGAGGUAAACACGGCCAUAAAAGAGAUCUACGAGUUGUCGGCCAAGAACAACAAUGCAUUGGUGGAGAUGAGAAGAUGGUUUGGCUAUGUAACUCUAAACGUUGUGUUUAUGAUGGUUAUAAAGAAGCGAUUUGCUUGGACUGUAACCAAGGAUGAGGAUGAAGGAAACGAUCAAUGUCGAAAUGCGAUGAGAGAAUUCGUUGUGUUGAUUGGGAGAUUUGUACCGUCAGAUGUACUUCCAUAUCUAAGAUGGUUGGACUUAGGUGGGUACGAGAAGGCAAUGAAGAAAAUUGCAAAAAAAUUAGAUUAUGAGCUUGAAGGAUGGCUAGAAGAACACAAGCAAAGAAGAAUUUCUGGGGAGGUAAAGGAGGGACAUCAAGACUUUAUGGAUGUGAUGUUGUCUAUUGUCGUUGACAGUGAGGAGAUUUCCAGUUAUGAUGCUGAUACAGUCACCAAGGCUACUUGUCUGGCCCUCAUCUUAGCCAGUACAGAUACAACGACGGUGACAAUGACAUGGGCGCUCUCUCUACUUCUUAAUAACCGAGAGGCUCUUAAGAAAGCCCAACAAGAAUUAGACCUCCAGAUUGGUAGAGAUAGGUUAGUGAUGGAAUCAGACGUGAAAAACCUAGUCUAUCUUCAAGCUGUCAUCAAAGAAACUAUGCGUUUAUAUCCCGCUGCGCCACUUUCUGUGCCGCACGAGUCUCUUGAGGAUUGCACUUUGGCUGGUUACCACAUCCCAAUGGGCACCCGUCUUCUUGUUAAUCUAUCAAAGAUUCAUAGAGAUCCCCAAGUGUGGUCAGAUCCAACCGAAUUUUGCCCUGAAAGGUUUCUUACAACCCACAAAGAUGUUGACUUUAGGGGCCAUCAUUUUGAGCUCAUACCAUUUGGUAGCGGGAGGAGAGUUUGUCCAGGAAUCUCAUUUGCACUACAAGUUAUGCAACUCACACUUGCUAACUUCUUACAUGCCUUUGAGAUUACGACAGUACCAGCAGAUGAACCAGUAGACAUGACUGAGAAAUUCGGACUUGCAUCCUUGAAAGCCACCCCACUUGAAGUCCAUCUCACUCCACGCCUUCCUUCCUCAGCAUAUGCAUGAUCAUUUGAGUAUACGUUAAAUAGGUACAAUAUUGCCAAGGAGUUUGGUAAUGAUCUUCAUGCACAAGGAGUAUGCGUAUAUUAAAUUAUUAUUAUUAGUUUUUUUUUAUUCUUGUUUUUAUUUUUAUUUCGGCGUGUUCGCUUGUAAAAGUACGUACCUAUCUUAUGGAUCAUGUACCACAAUUUCAUAAUUAAAGUUUAGUAAUUUCUUUUUUGAAAAA